CCUCCAACCUAACUUUCCCACAAAAAUCUAAAAUGGCUCUUCAAUGGCUAAUCUUAGUCGGUGCAAUUUGGCUCCAAUCCAUCAACGGCACAAACUCAAACUUCCCGGCCUACUCCUCCGAAUUCAAGCGCCUCCUCUCCCUCUCCCAACUCCAACUCAACAACCUUGCCUUCGCCUCCGACGCCGGAAAGCUCCUCGGCUUCAUCUCCGGCGUCACCGCCUCCCACCUCCCCCUCUGGCUGGUCCUCCUCAUCGGCUCCGUCCUCGGCCUAGUCGGGUACGGCGUCCAGUACCUGUUCCUAUCUGACCACAUCCCUUCCCUCUCCUACGGCCCCGUCUUUCUGCUAACCGUCUUGUCCGGAAACAGCAUCUGUUGGAUCAACACCGUCUGUUACAUGAUAACCAUAAGCACCUUCCCCUUCGACCGCCACGUGGCCGUGGGGUUGACCACUAGCUACAUAGGGUUGAGUGCUGAAAUCUAUACGGAUUUGGUCAGUGUUUUUUUCCAAUCUUCUCCUUCUUCUUCUUCCCCUACCGAAACGGCCAAAGCUUACCUCUUGUUGAACUCUGUAUCUCCUCUAGUCGUGUGUGUUUUCUGUGCACCGAUCGUCCGGUGCGCAAAUAAUGGGGUGUCUAGAAGAUUGGAAGGUGGGUUUGUCGUGAUGUUUGUCAUAACCAUAGGGACUGGAGUUUUCGCAGUGAUUUCGAGUUUCGGUAAAAUAGCAAGAGGGUUGCCACCGUUUGUGGUUGUGAUUGGAAUGGGGGUGUUUCUUUUGGCACCGCUAGCGGUGCCUUUGGUUGAAAACGUAAUGGAGAGGUUUCAGAAGAAAUGUUGGUUGAGGAGACAGGGGAGGAUUUAUGAUGUGGGUCAGGUGGAAGGCGGCGGCGGCGGCGGAGAGAGGGCGGAGGAGGGGCGGAAGGAGGCGGAGGAAAGUGGUGGUGGAGAGAGUUGUGAGGUGGUGGAGGAGGUCAGGGUGACGGAGAGGGCGGAGGAGGGGCGGGAGGAGGUGGUCCAGGUGGAGGAGAGUGGUGGUGGUGGAGAGAGGUUUGAGGCGGGGGUGGAGGAGGUUGGGGCGAAGGAGAUGGUGAAGAGGGUGGAGUUUUGGUUGUAUUUUUUGGUUUACUUGUGUGGUGCAACACUUGGACUGGUUUAUUUGAAUAAUUUGGGUCAAAUAGCAGAGUCUCGAGGGUUCCGGAGGACUUCUUCAUUGGUCUCCUUGUCUUCUUCGUUUGGGUUCUUUGGCCGUCUAUUGCCAUCUCUUUUGGCCUACAAUUUCUCAAGGAGUAAAUGCAUGGCUUCAACACCAGCAUCCAUAGCAACAAUAAUGGCCCCGAUGUCGGCAUCCUUCUUCUUACUCCUCAUCAAAACCACCCUCUCCCUCUACGUAAGCACGGCUGUCAUCGGCCUGUGCACCGGAGCCAUCACUUCCAUCGCCGUCUCCACCACCACCGAGCUCUUCGGUGCCAAGAACUUCAGCGUCAACCACAACAUCGUCGUCGCAAACAUCCCGAUCGGAUCGUUCGUUUUCGGGAACGCCGCGGCCCUCUUGUACCGCAGCAAGAUUAACACGGAGGACGGAAGGUGCAUGGGGACCGAAUGCUAUCAAACGACGUUUGUGAUCUGGGGAUUUCUUUGUAUGUUUGGGAGUUUUUUGUCUAUAAUUCUUUAUGUAAGAACAAAGAAAAUGUAUGCACAGAGAUUAUAGAUCAUAGCAAGUUCUUCCGUGA